GGCGCGGGCCGGCCGAAACCGCGCGGCCGCCGGUGCCCGCCGUGGACUUCGGCAACACGCAGGAGGCGUACCGGAGCCGGCGCAGCUGGGAGCUGGUGCGCAGCCUGCUGGUGCUGCGCCUCUGCGCCUCGCCGGCGCUGCUGGCGCGCCACGAGCAGUUGCUUCAUCUCUCCAGGAGACUUCUGGGGCAAAGGUUGUUCAACACGCUGAUGAAGAUGACCUUCUACGGGCAGUUUGUGGCUGGCGAGGACCAGGAGUCCAUCCGGCCCCUGAUCCAGCACAACAGGGCCUUCGGCGUGGGCUCCAUCCUGGACUACGGUGUGGAGGAGGACCUGACGCCCGAGGAGGCUGAGCGCACGGAGAUGGAGUCCUGUUCCUCAGCCUUGGAGCGUGACGGCCAUGGUGUCAGUAAGAGGGAGAAGCAGUUCCAGGCACACCGGGCCUUCGGGGACCGCAGGGACGGGGUCACCAGUGCCCGCACCUACUUCUACGCCAGUGAGGCCAAGUGUGACAGCCACAUGGAGAUCUUCCUGCGCUGCAUCGAGGCCUCAGGCGGAGCCAGCGAGGAUGGCUUCUCAGCCAUUAAGCUCACGGCGCUGGGGAGACCGCAGUUUCUGCUGCAGUUCUCGGACGUGCUGACUAAGUGGAGAUGCUUCUUCCACCAUGUGGCUGCUGAGCAGGGCAAGGCCGGGCUGGCCGCCGUGGACACGAAGCUGGAGGUGGCCGCGCUGCAGGAAAGCGUGGUCAAGAUGGGCAUCGCGUCCCGGGCGGAGAUUGAGGACUGGUUCACUGCGGAGACACUGGGCGUGUCUGGCACGCUGGACCUGCUGGACUGGUGCAGCCUCAUCGACAGCAGGACCGAGCUCUCCAGGCACCUGGUGGUCCCCAACAUGCAGACGGGACAACUGGAGCCCCUGCUGUCACGGUUCACAGAGGAGGAGGAGCGGCAGAUGACACGCAUGCUGCAAAGGAUGGACGUGCUGGCCAAGAAAGCCAGCCAGGCGGGUGUGCGGCUGAUGGUGGAUGCGGAGCAGACCUACUUCCAGCCAGCCAUCAGCCGCCUGACGCUGGAGAUGCAGCGCAGAUUCAACGUGGAGAGGCCGCUCAUCUUCAACACGUUCCAGUGCUACCUCAGGGAUGCCUAUGACAACGUCACCCUGGACGUGGAGCUGGCUCGCCGGGAGGGCUGGUGUUUCGGGGCGAAGCUGGUGCGUGGUGCGUACAUGACUCAGGAGCGCGCCCGUGCGCUGGAGGUGGGCUACGAGGACCCCAUCAACCCCACGUACGAGGCCACCAGCAUUGUGUACCACAGGUGCCUGGACUAUGUCCUGGAGGAGCUGAAGCACAACGCCAGGGCCGCAGUGAUGGUGGCCUCGCACAACGAGGACACCGUGCGCUUUACUCUGCGCAGGAUGGAGGAGCUGGGCCUGCACCCCGCCGACCGCCAGGUGUACUUUGGACAGCUUCUGGGCAUGUGCGACCAGAUCAGCUUCCCGCUGGGCCAGGCAGGCUUCCCGGUGUACAAGUAUGUCCCUUACGGGCCUGUGAUGGAGGUGCUGCCCUACUUGUCCCGCCGCGCCCUAGAGAACAGCGGGGUCAUGAAGGGGGCUCAGCGGGAGCGGCAGCUGCUGUGGCAGGAGCUCAAGCGGAGGCUCUGCACCGGCAGCCUCUUCCACCAGCCGGCCUAGGCUUCCUGUACCCACACCCAGGCGGCGACGUCCCGGGGUUCCGGCCAACUCCAGCCUCACCCCGAUCACCUUUUACACCCUGAGCUGGGAGAGCCUGCAGAUCCCUGCUCUGCUCGUGGGCAGCCAGGUGCAGGCUGAGGCCCACACUUGCCAGAGGAGCUAGGAGCCGUCAAGAACUGCCUGCCCACCCCCACGACCUUGGAUCUUAAGAACCACCUUCCCCAGAGUCCAACCCUGGCGCCGUGAGCCCCAUGCUGGGCAGCGGCUGGCUGUGGAAGCUGGCCUGUCAAUAAACCACUUUUCUACGGCAUCGAGCCCUCGCUUGCGGCUGAGGGAGUGGCUCUGAUGGCCUGAGAGGCCUUAGGGUCAGGCGCAGCCACUCCAGCCUCAGGCACCCCAUGCAGACCCGGCCAGGCAGGGCAUUGGACACCCCCGACCCCAGCCCCAGAGCUGGGCUCAGAGCAAUGCAGAUAGAUAGCACCUCCAAUGGGCAGGUUUCAUGCUUGCCGGGCCUUGGUCUUUCCCCUGAGACCCUCCCUGCCCCAUGCCCUUCACCCCUGCCCCCCAGUGACCCAUACCAGACUCCUGUUGCUCUGACAACUCACGGAGCAGGCUGGCUGUGGCCCAAGUGCC